AUCUUCUUUCUUUGAAUAUUCCAACACCAGUCACAUCUUGAAGACUAUUCUUCCAAAAUAGCAGUAUAUAUAAUCAAUGCUAUCCUACAUUUGUAGGUAUAUUUCUCCCUUUGAUCCUGUCCCUGAUUAAUUUUCAUUAUUAGCCAGCAAUGGAGGGCCAAAGCAGCCAAAGCAAUGAUCCUCUGCAUAAUCAUGACAUCCGUGUUGCAACCCCUCGAGGCCCAACUCCAAAUAAGGUCCGUCGCUCCGACUUUCCGAAAGAUUUUAUCUUUGGUGCUGCAACAUCGGCUUAUCAGGUCGAAGGUGCCUGGAAUGAAGCUGGCAAAGGCGAGAGUAAUUGGGAUCGUUUUACAGCAGAUCAUCCUGAUAAAAUUCAAGACAAAGGCAACGGACGUUUGGCUAUUGAUCACUACCAUCAGUGGAAGGAAGAUGUGACUUUGAUAAAGAAAGUGGGUUUGGGUUCUUAUAGAUUUUCAAUUGCUUGGACGAGAAUAUUACCAGGAGGAAGAUUAAGUGCUGGUGUAAAUAGAGAAGGAAUUAAUUACUAUAAUGAUCUCAUAAACUUGCUCUUGGGCGAAGGCAUUAUACCUUGUGCAACUAUCUUUCAUUGGGAUGUUCCCCAAUGUUUGGACGACGAGUAUGGUGGCUUUCUAAGCCCUCGAAUUGUGGAAGAUUUUUCUGAUUUUGCUGAGAUUUGUUUCUGGGAAUUUGGUGAUCGUGUGAAACUUUGGAUCACAUUGAAUGAGCCAUGGAGCUUUUCUGUUUCCGGAUAUGCAUUAGGUUCUUUUGCACCUGGCCGGGGUCCAACACACGAGGACCAUGUAACAAAACCUGUCCAUCGCCAUAGAUGCAAUGUUCAGGAUCCAAUUAUUUGCAGCGAUGGAAGUCCAGGCACUGAACCGUAUAUUGUUGCACAUCAUUUGAUCCUUGCUCAUGCAGUAGCAGUUGAUAUAUACAAGAAAAACUUUCAGAAACUCCAAGGGGGCAAGAUAGGAGUCACAAAUGUUACAGCAUGGUAUGAGCCACUCAAUAACACAACAGCUGAUAAAGAAGCUGCUUCAAGGGCAGUUGAUUUUUCGUUGGGAUGGUUUGUAGCACCCGUGGUUACUGGUGAUUACCCACCAGUUAUGAGACGAUUAGUAGGAGACCGCCUUCCCACAUUUACACCAGAACAGGCUAAUCUGGUGAAGGGAUCCUAUGACUUUUUAGGAAUAAAUUAUUACACUACACAAUAUGCAACCAAUUCACCUAAGACACCUGGUGCAAGACCAAGUUACAAUACCGAUCAGGAGGUUCAAACAUCAACUGAACGUAAUGGGACGCCGAUUGGUGAACAGGCUGGUUCGAGUUGGUUGUUCAUUGUUCCAGAAGGGCUUUACAAGCUCUUGGUUCAUAUGAAAGAAAGAUACAGUAAUCCCAACAUUUACGUCACAGAGAAUGGGGUGGAUGAAUUAAACAAUAAAACAACAGUUGCACAAGCUCGGUUUGAUGAUAUGAGGGUUAGAUAUCACCAUGACCACCUUGUUCAACUUAAAAAAGCAAUGGACCACGGUGUUCGGGUGAAGGCUUAUUAUAUAUGGUCAAUGUUCGACAAUUUUGAAUGGGCUGAUGGGUACAGCGUUAGGUUUGGUAUCAUUCAUGUAGAUUUUGAGAAUAAUCAGUUGAAAAGGUUCCCAAAGAGCUCUGCUAUAUGGUGGACGAAUUUCUUGAACGUGAAGAAGGUCAAGAAGCAGGACAAGAAGCUCUUCCUUCUGUUCUGAAAUGUUAUGUUGAAUAAUGCGUGUGCUGCAGUUCCUUUUGUUUGCUGUGGGGAUCGAAAGCUCGGUUUCUGUAAAUGAAAGAUUUCGGGUGUGUUCCAUUUCUCUUUAGUUUGUCAAAUAAUGCAUGUUUGGAAUGCGUCUGUAUUUGUAUAUUGUGUGUACGCUAACGCGCUCUUCAUUCUAAGAACAUUAUUUUCUUCACUUGUUUGUAUUUGGUGUAAAUGAGUUUAGGUUGUGAAAUUGUGUCUUUUUCUUCAGAAGUUUUGUCAUUUCAAACGAAAA